AGUGCUGGUCCGAGGAGGUGGUGGUGGUGGGGAGAGGGUAACCAGCGGUCAAGCAGUCGGACCUCACACUCCCGCUCCGACCUCACCUCUCCACUUCACUUCAUCCGUCGGCGGCGACUUACUAUCGCAGCAGCGGGAAGAGACCGCCCGCGGAGGGGGCGGGUGUGUGUGUGUGUUGUGGAGCACGGGCCUCCCCACAUGGCGGCGGUGUCAGGCCCGGCGAGCGACAGCGAGGACCAGGCUGAGGGCGCCGGGCGCGCGCUGGAGGCCGAGUUCGAGCGCGCGGCGGCGCGCGUGCAGACGCUCGCGCAUGCGGCGGGCCGCGAGACGCUCCUCUACCUGUACAGCCGAUUCAAACAGGCCAAAUUUGGGAAAUGCAAUGUCCCAAAGCCAGGAUUCUUUGACUUUGAAGGCAAACAGAAAUGGGAAGCGUGGAAGGCAGUGGGUGAUAUGACUGCACAGCAGGCUAUGCAAGAAUAUAUUGCAACUGUAAAGAAAUUGGACCCAGAGUGGAACCCUCAGGAUUCAGUAAAGGAGUCUGAUCAGAAAUUACGGUUUGGUGGGCCUGUAGUCAGCAGCCUUUAUCAAGAGGAAAUGAUCAGGGACGAAGACAAAACCAUAUUUGAUCAUUGCAGAGAGAACAAUAUUGACCAUAUUUUGAAAGCCCUUGUAUCCGAGAAUGUGGACGUUAACUUGAAGGACGAAGAGGUUACAGAUACAAAUAGAAAGGGUGAAGUCUACUUCUGCACUGAAGCUAUACAUUAUUCCCCGUGUCUGCGUGGGUUUCCUCCAGGUGCUCCGGUUUCCUCCCACAGUACAAAGAUGUGCAGGGAAGAGCCCUACUACAUUGGGCAUGUGAUCGAGGUCAUAAAGAUCUGGUUGGCAUGUUGCUCCAACAAAAAGCUGAAAUCAACAGUCAGGUGUACAGAGGACAAAAAGUUCAGAUGUGAAAGCAGCAGCUAUUUAGAAACUUGAAACAGGAUACCAGUAGUAUAUUGGCCUUUUUAUACAUCAGUGCACUCCCUUUGGAAAAUGACCUGAGGCCAACAAUUUUACCUUAGUUCAAGAGACUUAGAGUGGGCUGGCUUCAUGCAGCAUUGGACCAAUCUAUAUAAUUCAUUUAGAUCUAAAUAAACCCUGUCUUUUUUUUCUCAUCGCUCGUGUUUUUUUUAAAUUGUUGAUGG